CCCGGCGGGAAGUGAUGUAGCCGAAACAUCAGUCUGUUAUCAGCAGCGGUCUAUUUUUAAUACUAAAAAGAGGAACAGAUGCUGGUAGGACACCGACGGCAGCAACGACAAGCUGCGCGUACCCUAUGCGCUCAUGACCGCGGCACAGACUCACAGAGGCUGCACAUAGUACAGUGUACUGUAUAACACGUAUGUAAUUAAAUGCUGUUUGGGAACUCAGGCAGUUAUUCUGUGGCUACACAUGCUCCAUUUCCUUGUCAGUGGAUAGGCUUUCAUUUUUAUUAGAUGACACAUUAUCUGGCAUUUGGAGGAUUUUGUUCGUGCUCAUAUAGUAUUUAAUGGAACAGUCGGCGACCACAGUAAUAGCAAUAUGAUUUCCUAUACUGGCCACUCUUUUCAAGAUCUCUUGCAAUAUUAAUGUAACCAUUUUCAACUAUCACCAGUGGUCAAGACAGAUGUGUCACCAACUACGCAGAGCAAACGACAAAUAAUCUUAUACGCACGAUUUUACAUUUGAAAAAUUUGAUGAAAUGAAAACAACCCAGCCGCUGUUUUCACCAGUCACAUCUUUCCAAGCCUAUUUCACAGCGCCUAAAUACUUUCCCUUGUCAGGUUUUAAUGUGAGGAGAUUAUGGUGAUGCUUUUGAACUCGCUGAGGUCAUUUAUAAAUUAUGUCAUCACAUCAGUGACAUGGGUGUCCUCAAGCUGUAUGUACCACAUCCCCUUGAAAGUUUAACAUGGCCUCCUGUAAUCCUCUCAAUCCCUAAUCUGUGCUGUCGCAUGGGCGACCUCAUGUGGUCAGUUAAUGUAAACUGAGAAAGAGCCAGCAUGCAUCUAAUUUUUGAAUUGCAGAUAAUUGAGACAAAUUAACUCAAAACAUCCAAGCAUUUAAUAACUAGGCCUGCAGUUUUCUGAGGUAAAUUAAGCGGUCUCUCUUUAGUUGAAUAUGUUUGUAAUUGUAACAUUUCAUUCUUUUAUUUAGUUUUAGUGUAAAAUUGGGCCUAUAACUUGAUUUUUAAAAACAAAGGCUUGCUCUUUGACAGAUGCCUACAGCUCCAUGCAUUUUUUUGCUUGAAUAUUGUAAAUGGUCCUUCUGUGCUCAACUGCAGAACAAACUUCCCUCCACUUUACAGCCCUCCCUCCAGUUUGUCCAUGGGAGACCACAUUUAAAAUGUAACCCCACCUGAAACCUUGCACAGACCAAUCAGCCAGAGAAAUGUCAGAGCAGACGGCACACCCUCCUUUGUUCAAAACCAAUCAGAGUGGAAGUGUGGCAUUUUGCCCGAGGGGAAAACUUACCCCUGGAUGCGUUAAUUACGCAUCACUUAGCUGUGUCCAAUGUGUUCACAACGGUGGACCCUCAUUUGGGUUUUUUACAACGACUGUCUUCAUUUUUCGGUCAAUCUAGUAUGGAAAGUAGACAACAAUGGCUUACCAGACUGAAAAAUGAACUUAGCAACAGUCCUCUGGUAUCAAAUGUGGCUUUUGGCUUUAUCCUCAUGGGACUAGAGAAGCUGGUGGAGCUGGAGUUUGAGUGUCCUUGCAACCCUACAUGGAACGGAGUGUUUUCAUCAGCAUUCUUCACCAUUCCUGCCAUCAUGGCCUUCACCUUGAUGCUGAUCAUUCAAGGAUGUAGAUGUGAUACGUGGUGCAGGAAAACUGUUUCCCUCUCCAGUUUCGUUCCUGCUAUCGUGUGGCUGAUUUUGUUGUUCCUCGAUGGCCAAUACUUUGCUUGUGCUAUGACAGACUGGGAGGGUAGAUUUGUACUAGUUGACAAGGCAGCUCCGCUGAAGUGGUGUGAGCCAAUUAGUGAGGGAGAUGUCAGCCCACAAGAACUAAUGCUCCGCUCACAGCAGCUGUUUGUUUUUUCUCAGGUUAUAGGCAUAGUCCUCCUCAUUUUCAUCUGUGCGGGUCUCGUAGUGUAUGUAAUCAGAGAAAGCUGCCAACAAGAGGCGGAGAUGCAGGAUGCAGAUGUAGCCCAGCUCACUGUGCUCAGGAUGAGGUCUCUACAGUCCAGGACAUCAUGAGAGGAUUACACCGCCCACCACACCUGCCCUGCUGGCAUGGACACUUUGUAAAUACCCUGAACAGACUUUACUAAGAGUAUUUGUAACUAUUGUCAAUAAGUGCCAUUUGAAAGUAUUUUCCCUUCUAAAAAUUGGACGUGUCUUGAAUGAUGCUGCCAUAAAUAUGAAUAUAACUGAAAAUAUUGUACCUGUUUUGUUGUAUUAUCAGUGAAUACGUACACAGUGUUGUGCCUGUAUUCAUCUGAUAUUUCAGUGCAGUGACAAAUUAUUUCAUACCUGUCUUUAAAUUGAUAUUUCACUUUG